UCUUCUACAUUAUGGUAGAAAAUCAGCACUAAGAUUUUGAUCAAAUUUGAAUAAUAGAUUUCGUGUCAAUGGAUCGUCGUCAUCCUAUAAAAUCUACUUUUAGGGUUUCAACUCAUCAAAAUCUCGCUUCGUCCUCAUGGAGAACGCAGCACCCAUUGAUAGGAUCAGCAACUUACAGGAUGAGUUACUCCUUCACAUCCUCUCUUUCCUUCCGAUCAAACUUGCUUUCUCCACCACCGUUCUCUCCCGGAGGUGGACUCCACUCAUCAAACUACUCACGGCUCUCCACUUCCACGACGAAUCCGUUAAAGACGAAGACGCUUUCUUCCGCUUCUGUAGCUUCGUCGACACAGUCACGCUCUCCGUAGAACUUAUCAAAACGUUUCACCUCCGUUGUGAUUCUAGAUAUUGGCGGCAACGUAGACGUUUCAAUAUUUGCAACAUCGUCAACAACUGGAUCCAAACCCUAAAACAUCAUCCUCUAGAGAAUCUCCAGCUUUAUUCUAGUAUAGUUAAUUUCAAUCACACAAUCACUUUGCCACCAAAUAUUUUCACCUUUCCAAAGCUUGUGAUUCUCAAACUCACGAAAUUCCGUCUGGAUGGUAAGAUCUCCGUCGAUCUUCCCUCGCUUAAGACCCUUCAUUUGAACGAUGUUUAUUUGAAAAAUCACAAGAAUUUCAACAAGCUUCUCUACGGGUGUCCCGUUUUGGAAGAUUUGAUUGCUCACGUUUUCUAUUUGAAACCAGAGGAGUUUACGGUUAACACGGGACAGUCUAAAACCUUAUCCAAGUUAAUCAAAGCCGAUAUCUACGAUACUGUUGUUUCCUAUGCAGCAAUUUACAAUGUCCAGAUUUUAAAACUUAGGGUGAACAUGAGGCUUCCUGAGAAAGAGAACAAUUCCGAUUAUAGAAGCUUUCCGAACUUAAUGCAUCUUGAAUUGUUCUUUCACUCUAAACAAUACUUCAAAGAUGUAGCUACACUGCUCGAGAAUUGCCCCAAACUUCAAACUCUUUCUAUUGAUAAGUGGAUAGAACGAGAUAUGUUCAACGUCUGGAAUUACCCAAAUUAUGUUCCUAAGUGCAUAUCUGGUCACCUCAAAUCUUGUACUGUGAAGUGUGACGAUACCGUAGUUGACCUUCGAAUCGCAAAAUAUAUUUUAAAGAACACGCCAUUGUUGGAGGACAUGAAAAUCACCAUAUUCAAUGCAAUGGUAGUAAAGUAUGCUUUCCAAGAAUUAGCCUCUUGUUCAAUUCUUUCUCCCAUAUGUAAAAUUUCAAUUUUGGGACAAAACUCCAUGCCAUGGUUUUGAAUUGCGAAGGAUGCUGUUACAGAUGUUGUGAUCGUGUUGAAAACACAUUUAAUACCGCAAUAUUACUGUCGCUAUUAGGGUUGUUUGCUAAAUACAAUUUGAAACUAUUGCU